CGCCGGCGUCGACCGCCCUCCACAGACAAGCCCUCGCCGUCCCGUCUGUCGAGGCUUCCCUUCUCACGAGCGAGCGGGCUUCCUCUAGCCAUCAUCCAUCCACCGCCGCCCCUCGACGUCCUUCCCUACCAAGCAACGAACGACACGCCACCCGUGGCCCGCCCGCCGCGUGCGCGCUCGCACGCACCGACGAGAAAAAAAUGGCCACGACCUUCACCUCAGUCGUCGAGACGCUCAUGACGCCCUCCCUGCCCGUCAUCCUCCUCGGCAUCCUCAUCGUCCUCGGCGCCCCGAUCCUGCUGCAUGUGGUGCUCGCCUCGUCGGCCACGUACACGACGCCGCCCGUGGUGCUGCUGCUGGGUCCCUCGCAGGCCGGCAAGACGGCCCUCGCCACGCUCCUCGAGCGCGCCGGCAGCGAUAACGCCGCCGUCGUCGACGGUAGCGGCGGCGGCGGCGGCGGCAGCUCCUCCACAUCCCCCAUCCUCGCGCCCGCGCAGACGCACACCUCGCAGACGUGUCAGGCCGUCGAGCUCAACGCCUCGACCGACUCCGCCACGAGGAAGUCGUUCCGCAACCGCGACGACGCCAGCGGCACGCACACAAAGUUCUUGCUCGUCGACACCCCCGGGCACGGAAAGCUGCGCAACGUCGCCAUGGGGAGGCUCGCCCGCGCGACGGGGGCCGCGGCAGACAAAAGCAGCAGCGGCAGCAGCAACAACAGCAAGAAGCUCAAGGCCGUCGUCUUCAUGGUCGACGCCGCGGCCGUGGGCGAGCACGACGCGCUGGCGCCCACGGCUGCGUACCUCUACGACGUGCUGCUACACCUGCAGCGCAGGGCGUCAUCGUCGUCAUCCUCCAGGGGCAAGGGUGGGGCGGUGCCCGUCCUCAUCGCCGCCAACAAGAUGGACCUGUUCACCGCGCUGCCGGCUACCAUGGUCAAGGCGCAGCUUGAGGCGGAACUGACGCGCAUCCGCGCCACGCGCAGCAAGGGCCUGCUCGACUCGGGCGUGGGCAUCGACGACGUCGGUGGCGCCGGGGAGGACGACCAGGACUGCUGGCUGGGUGAAUACGGCUCGGAAAAGUUUUCGUUUCAGCAGAUGGGCGAGUUUGAUAUCGACGUCGAAGUCAUUGGCGGGAGUGUCACGGCCGAGGCUGACGUGGAUAAGUGGUGGUGGUGGAUAGCUCAGCGGGUGUGAGCCGUCCACUGCGUGUUGCGCCCGUGUACGAUAUGAAUACCUUAAUGUCGGGCCAAUUAGUGGGCCAUGACCUGCUUCACAUUACGCC